AUGACAACUGGCAGUCACAAUUCAUUGCCAGCUAGAACAAAGUGCCAGCGCAGGUGCCUCAGCACUGUUGAUAGCUUCUCCUGAUAGAUUUCUUACAUCACCCUCACGCUCGUUCCUACACUCACUUUCGUCAGCACAGCUAUAUACCUAGGGAAUUUUUUCUGCCUCGUGUCGUCAAUCCUUCCGAGCACUGCACUGCACUGCACCGUGCAUUCACCGACACGCACCUCGCACUUCCUCUAUGGUUUAGGCCAAAACUACCUCGAUAUUCUUUCUCCAGCGAUAGUUAGUUCUUCUCGCCGGCUGACUGGUCUCCUCGUCUCCAAUAGCUCGGCUCUUCCGAGGCUCUCACCAUGGCGACGAAUUCGGCGAACGGAACGGCGGGGCCUGCUGCCGCUGUCACUGGCGGAGAUUUGGUUCUCUCUAGGAUACACGAGGCACUCAAAGUCGUCCACAGCCCCCUCUCGCCCAACCAAGCCCGACAGGAGGCCCAGGCCUUCCUCGAAGAAGUCAAGACUCUCAGCGAAGCCCCGUCGCAUGGGUUCAAUCUCGCCUUCAACAAACCGCAAGAGCCUAUCGUCCGCCACUACGGCCUGUCGCUCCUUGAGCACGCAGUGAAGCACAAAUGGCAGGAAUACGGCUCGGAGCAUCGAGAAUACCUCCGCGCGUGGGUCCUACAGCUGGCCGAAACCAUUUCCGCCGACGACCCGUCAUACCUGAGGAACAAGAUUGCCCAACUCUGGGUCGAGGUGGCGAAGCGGGCAUGGGUGUCCAGCUGGAUGGACAUGGACCACUUGCUUGUCCGUCUCUGGCGCGCCUCGGACUCGCCCCUCCACAAACAAUUCGUGCUCCAAAUUCUCGAGGCCCUCUCCGACGAGAUCUUUAAUGGGGACGACGCGGUGGUCGCCCUGCGCGAAGGGGCUCUGAGCAAGGCAUGCGUCGAAAUAUUCACCCCGGCUGACGUCCUGGCCGAGGCCUUCCCUAACCGUCAGGCCGGCCCCGAAGUACGCUGUGAAGGCGAAGGCUGGCUCAAUAGGGUAACACAGCUCAUCAGCGAGAGCCUAAGCGGCGGCAUCGACCAGGACCAUGAUGUCAGAGCAUGUGCUGUCAAGGCCCUCAAUGUCCUUAACUCAGUUGUACCCUGGGCCAUUCCAAAAGCCCUGAAUGCUGUCGGCUGCCGCCCUGUUAUGUGCAGCUGUCUCGCGACGCCAAGUGUCCCCGUACAAAAGGCUGCCCUCGAGGCUCUGCAUUCUCUCUAUAACCGCUCGAGCUUCACGGAGGAGGAGUUCGUCGAUCUUGUGGUGCCCAUGUACAGCGAAGCCAUGGUAGACCUCUUCAGGCGGCUCUUUGGGUGGUUGGAAGUGGAUGCCCAGGAUAUCGACGACGACAAGUACCAGUUCGCCAAGAAGUUCUCAGAGAUGCUGUGCUGCCUGGGCAAUUAUCUGGACAGAAAGUUCGCGGCCAUACCGCCCCAGACAAACAUUCAAGGCUUCCUGGACCUCCUGAUGCAGGUGGUGCAAAGCCAAAGUCUCGUCGUCUCGAUCCCAAUCCUCCUCACAUGGACCCGCCUCCUGUCUCAUAGAGCAUUGGGGCCGGCAGCUGCCAAUAUGCCCUUCAUUUCCAGGCUACUCGAGCUGUGCAGUGCCCGAUUAAUUCGAUAUGAAAGCUUCCCGGAAGAUUCAGACGACCCCGUCUAUACCCUUCUCAUCGAAGACACGGACACAAUUCCCGAGCGACAUGCCUUCCUGGGAAACUACCGGCGGUACUGCUGCUCAGUUAUCGAGAACAUUGUCCACCUCAAAAUGUCCGAUGCAGUCGACCAUAUUUUGGGCAGAGCGCAGAGUGCUCUCAAUACCCUCUACGAUUCUGAGAUACCUCUUAACCCUGCCAACUACUCCAAGACCUCGUGGCCUGUUUUGACGGUGGACGCCCAUGCUACUGUCAUUGAGGCGGCUCUCAAAGGCUACGACAAAUGGAGGACGUCGGGCAACCGGAGUUCAGAGGAGAAGCAACAAGCGGUGGCUGUUGAGGAGUUCUUCGAGAAGUGGUGCGGCCAGCUUCUAGAGAUGAAGUUCGAGGAUCCUUUGAUCCGCAAACGAAUUCUUCAGCUUCUCGUGACCUUCUCUACUAAGGCUCUCGACUCAAAACCGGCGAUCAUGCUCAGGGUGCUGGAGCAUAUUCUGAUGACAUGGCCGGCUUUGCAACCAGAGCAUAGGCUCUUUAAUGACGCGAUUCGUGACCUCCAGACCGAAAGCAUGGUCGAACUGCAACGGCUCGCAUCGAAGAUGCCUGACCCCCUUCUCGACGUGUAUGACCAAUUAGAGGCAAAAGUUCAGGAGAUGAUUGCAUCGGGCACUCUUGACGAGAAGCGUCAAGUGGCCUACCAGAGUUUUCUGUUUAUCAUCAUUCACCGAGCUACUCGCAUUGACCCGGCUACGCGUCUGACAAGACUCCGUGCUUUCGUUGAGCCUGUGAAGAAUCAAUGGAAAGACGAUUCCUUGAAACAGACUUUGGCCUCUUACGAAGGCUUCUGUGAGCUACUAGGCCUUGACAAGGCGCAAAAGUACCUGGCUGAGCGCGGCGUCCAUACCAUCGCCGACUGGGGCUCAACAGAACUUGACGCCGAGGGGCUGGCUCUGCAGGCGGAGUUGGAGCGGAGACAAUCGGCACUUCCACUCCGUGUCACCAAGUCAUUCCUGACUUAUUCAGUUGAACGGAUAGAAAAGAACUCGCUUCCCUAUCAGGCAUCUUGCACCCUCUGGCAGGACGGCUUCCAGCUCAUCCUUCCAGAGCUGCUCCAGUUCUUGAGUUAUGCCCACGCAUCCCACAACCCAGCCAACUGGAGCCUUCUCCCGGGAGAGAUGCGGUCGGUAGUGAGCCGCCUCCUGUCGGACCGGUUCUGGCAAGCCGGCAUCUCGGAAGGGAGCAAAGACGACUUCUACGCCAGGGUGCUCGGAAAGAAGAAUACGUUGGAAGGGCUUGCCUCGACCGUCCGUGGUGCGGUUCGGUUCGUACGGGAAACUUGUUAUGCCAUCAUCUACUGCAUGACGCGGCUCGACAUGCAGUUCUAUGGUUUUUUGGAACUGCCCGGGCCGCUGGCUAACGCACUGUUUGCCGACUCCGUCUAUCUAUCAUCUCACCAGGUCAUCAGCCUUCUCACCUUGGUCAGGUACCUGGUCGACAACUGCCCGGUGGAGCUGCGCAACCAUUUCAUACCUCCUAUCCUGGCCACCUGUUUCGAGCAGAUGGAUGCCAAGAUUAGCUCGGAAUGGGAUAGGCUGGGGCAACGGGAAACAGUGCGGGCUGCGGGCGAUGAGCUGACGGAGGAGAUGAAGGCCGAGAGCAUCUUGAGGCAACUCACGUAUUCCGCGGUGCUUAUGGUUGCCGACGUGCUAGACCCGGCAAGACUCGAAACAGCAUCUCCGACAGCCUCGCCGGAUAACCCUGACACUGCGGAGCCCGACACGAGAUAUCCUCCACUCCGAAAGUUCUGUCUUAUGAACCCGGCUAUCGCGGUGCCUCUUCUCGUGUUCUGCAGCCAUGCAAUCCGUAUGCAUGACGGUAGGUGUUGUGGCGUGGUGCUAAGGGUCUUCCGCUCUAUCGUGCCCGAGUUCAGCCCUUCGGACCUUUCGAAGACCAUGAAGGACUCAGGGCAUACGGCGCCCCUGGAGGAGUUCCCGAUUCCGGAGGAGACAGCAAGGGAGAUUCGGGAGUUCAUCUCGACGGAGGUGCUGAAGGCCGCCAUCUCCUCGCUGCACGACCCUUACUUUGUCGAUUCUCAACGGGAUUUGGGCGCGCUGAUCGCCCACAUUCUCGCUUACUACUCGCCGUUGACGCCAACGCCUCGGAACAUACUCGUGUCGUUGCCGAAUAUCAAGCCGGAGGAUGUUGACAGGACGAUCCAGCUCGUCUCUCAGCCGGGCAUGCACUCUCGUCAGCAACGGGCGCUGGUCCUCGAGCUGCUCGAGGACUUGAAGGGCGUCAGCAUCUCGGAGAUGGGCAAGCUCACCAAGAGCCUGGGAGGAGCUGCGCAUGCACCGGGAUCAUCUUCAUCGCGCGGCGGCAGUAAGAAGGCGACGCGGAGCAAGAUGGCGCAGGAAUUCAUGACGCCGAAUGCGGGUGCCUCGGCGGGGACAACAGGAACUGGCGGGACGGCGGCUGGUGGUGGCGCGGGUGGUGUUGAUCCGAAAGUACGAAAUAAGACGCCCGAUUUGGAGGGAAUGGCGGGCAUGUUUAAUGAAGCCGGCUAGCGGCCCCCCACUCCGCGCGCGGGCAGCAGCAAGAUCAGGAGGUCGGGGGGACGAGGACGGUGAGGCGGAACACGGAGACGGCCAGGGGCGGGAUCGGAGUCUGUGGAUACGGACCCGAACGCGGAUGCGGAGGCGUCUGAGUCACGGUGUUGUUGUGUACGUCUACAAGCACUAAGGGGCUUCGCACCGGCAGCUGAUUCGAGGAGGCGACCUCCUCCUGGCAAGGAGGCGGCUCAGACGGCCAUGCGCUCGAGGAGGCGAGAGCAUACAUACAGCGGUCCAUUCUAGGCGGCGAAGUUGCCGGCGGGGUGGGGGGGUGAGGGAGGCAGGGGCAUGAGAGGGAAUAGCGAAGUCUCUGGUUUCGAGACAAUAAUACCAAGCUUGAGUAGAGGAACAAAUCUUCUGGAUUGGUUGUUGGUUUGAACUUCGUCAGUCCACAAGGCCAUGAGCGG